UUUAGGUGUGACGGGCCAUUCAGUGUAAUACUAUGGCAUAAGCGCGAGUGUAAUAUAUUCGCACCGAGUGCUUGCGAAGCCGGUGUGUUACGCCGAAGGGAUUCGAGGUACCCGCUAUGUAGAUAUUGAUACCGAAUUGUGCGCUUUAUUCCGUUUAUUUUGACAAACAAGCUUGAUGCCUAGAUUGCUUUGUUGUAACGCAUACAAAUUUCAUGUUUUCCAGAUAUGAUCGCAGUGGGAAACCACAGGAAGUGAUGAUCGUCCCAUUCCCCUGCCGGACAAUCAGCCAACAUAUGGAUCUGAAUGGCAUUUGAAGAUCGGAAUUCCGGACCGGCAUCACAAUACGCGAACGUCAAACAGUCUUGAGUGGUUGUACGUAAGACGUAUUUCUUAGCGAUAAUGAGCACUUUUGUGCAAGACGGCGGAAGCGGUGACUCAGACGAUCUGUGGCUCCCCCUUGCCACCAUGUCCGGGCCCGUGGAGAGACCGUUGGACGUCAGCGAGGCAGUCCUCCAUUCCUUGUUCAACAGCAGUAACGUUACCACCAUGGACUGGUACCAGGACUUUGAUGCCAACAUGGGGGUCCCCUCGCAAGCUCCUGACUUCGCCGUGGUCGCUCUCGGCAUGGUGUACUCCGUUUUCAUGACAGUUUGCGGAGUGGGAAAUCUCAUCCUGGCCGCUGCCAUCUUCCGCUACAUGAGACUGAGAACCACCGUGGACACACUGAUCGGGAACCUAGCUCUCUGCAACAGCGCGGUGGCGAUACUUUGCACCCCCUUCGAGAUCGGCUACUACGUGGUGAACGUUGGGUCGUGGCACUUCGGCGCGGCUCUGUGCAGUGUGGUCAACUUCGUCAAGAUGCUGGCCCUGAACCUCACCUCCUUUGUCCUCCUGGCCAUUGCUUUCGAGAGGUUCCUGGUGAUUGCAAAGUCCAAGAAGCUGCAGCGGAAUCGGAACCACUCUCUGUUGCCGCUGGGUCUGGUGUGGACCGCAGCGCUCACCCUGGCUGCCCCGGCCGGCCACUUCGCCACCACGCUGUCCCCACCCAACAACCCGGGCACGGUGUGCGGUGUGAGAUGGUUCGACGACGGCGGAGAGCCCGCCAUGGCCUACCACAUCAGCAUGGCGCUCCUGGGGUUCGUGCUACCCGUUGUCGCCCAGAUCGUUCUCCAUUCCUUCAUCGCGUUCAAACUCCUCCACAGACAGUUCCCUGGGCACAAGAACACUUCCCAUCGUACCAUGCGCAUCAAGUCCCGCCGCAAGAUGACCCGGAUGUUGUUGAUGUUCAUCGUGUAUUUCUGUUGCAUCGGCCCUUUCUACCUGGUCCCGAUGGUGCGGGAGGUCUCGAGCGAGGCUAAGAAGGCGAUAGACUCGUACGCCUCCGUCGUGUACGUGUUGGAGGGACUGGCAUCGAUCCACGGAGUCCUAAACACCGUGGUGUACAUCACCUUCCACGACGCCAUCUUGAUGACCUUGAGACGAAUGUUCCGCCACUUGCGAAUGACAUUGACGGGACAAAAGGGGAACAGCGAAGCCCUGGAGCUCUACGGUUACCCCAGAAGGGGCACGAUGUCCAAAUCUCACGGUCACGGACAGUCUACCCAUGCUACCCCUAUCUCCCCCGUCUCCCCUGUUUCCAUGACCUUCCCCCACAAUGAAGUGACCUACGUGUAGCAAGGAACACUUCAACAUAUCAAAGAUCUCUAGAACAAUAUAUGAUCUUGACGCAUUCAAUGUUAAACCAAAAUGGUCUGAAAGACCCACAGAGAAGAAUAUGUGCAAUAACACCAUUCUUGUUUUGGUCUAACACAAAAAGAUAUUUAUUUUAAGGAUGUCAAAGCCAUAGGACAAGAGCUUUUUAGAAAGCCGUACAUGUAUUGAAAAGACAUCGUUAGCAACGGUUGCUACUAAAAGAAUACCUUCGGAUAUAUCUAUGUGCAAUUAGGCGUCAUAAUACGCCCUUUGAUAAAUCAUUGGUUCCUAGAAUCAACCUAAUAAGCUAGCUUACUUAUCAGCAUGCAACUUUGAAGUUGUUUGGCGUAGCUAUGUAUUUCUAAUCUUUCAAAGUGCUUCAUAAGUCCACUGUUGACGACAGUGCUUGGUUCAAAGCAGCCGUAUUGCUAUAAACUCCCUUUGAUAUCAUUUAAUCAAUACAGGGCCCGUCUCUACCGCAUGUUAUGACGGCAAAAUGCCGCUAUGAUUGGAAAUGAAAAAA